AUGGUUCUUGUACUGCUGGUGGCCAUUCCCCUGCUGGUCCAUACAACCAAAGGAGGGAACAGCAGAAAUGCAGGGAGCCAUUACGAAAUGCUUGGAAGCUGCAGGAUGGUAUGUGAUCCCUACGCUACAUCUCAGCCAGGCCAGGAGCUGACAGCUGUGUCUCCACCUCCGCAGGAUUAUUCUGGAAAGAAGAUAAAAUCUGGGCUUCGAGGACCUCCAGGGAUCCCUGGCCCUCCAGGAGCACGAGGACCACCUGGAGAGCCAGGCAAACCAGGGCCACAGGGCCCCCCAGGUCCAGGCCCUGGCGGCUAUUCUCCCUCACUCUACACUCCCAAAAUUGCCUUUUACGCAGGGCUACGCAAGCAACACGAGGGCAGUGAAAUACUGAAGUUUGAUGAUGUGGUGACCAACGUAGGUAACUACUAUGAGCCCAGCACCGGCAAGUUCACCUGCCCUCUGCCUGGCAUCUAUUUCUUCACCUACCAUGUUCUAAUGAGAGGUGGUGACGGGACGAGCAUGUGGGCAGACCUGAAGAAGAAUGGACUGGUAAGAGCAAGCGCCAUUGCUCAGGACGCUGAUCAGAAUUACGACUAUGCCUCCAACAGUGUGAUCCUGCAUUUGGAUGUAGGCGAUGAGGUGUGUGUGCAGCUGGACGGAGGGAAGGUCCACGGAGGAAACACAAACAAGUACAGCACCUUCUCCGGCUUCCUCAUCUACCCAGACUGA